AUGGCCUCACACGAAGCUGCGCUGGAAAGGCCACUUUCCCUGCAGGCGCGUGACAGCUUCAGCCCUCUCCUGCAUCAAGCGCCUCAAAUGCAACAGUCGCUUAGAGGAACAAUUCCGUUAUCAUCAAAGGUUACCAGCGUUCUCUCAGCAUCAUAUGCAGAUACAGAAUUUCGCGAGGCGCUUACGCUGUUAGACGACCGAGGCGUAAAUAAUACAGCGGAGUCGCGCAGACGGUUACGACUAGACCUACAGAGGAAGGUCAUUGAUAGCAACGGCGAAGUCAUCAAUGAGUUUGCCAAGGUCGCUGAGCAACUCCGGCGUAUAGGCCAUACCAUUAGCAGGCUCAACGAGAACUUCCAAGAGACCAAGACGCAAAUUGGGGCUGCCCACAAGGCAACCACAUCCGCUCUGAGUGAGGGAUCUUUGGUCAUGGCCCAAAGAAGUCAGAUCGAUAAGAAGCAGGCACUACUGAAGGCUUUUAACGCAAAUUUUGUACUGUCGGGGAAUGAAAUCGCCGCCCUAACGCUUACGUCGGAGCCUGUCGACGAGCUCUUCUUUACCGUGCUUUCCAAGGCCAAGAAAAUUAGCAAAGAUUGCGAGGUACUUCUUGGCUUUGGAAACCAGACCCUUGGACUGGAGAUCAUGGAACAAGCUUCAAAGAAUCUCAGCUUGGGAUUCCAGAAGGUGUACAAGUGGGUUCAGAGAGAGCUCAAGACGUUAAACCUCGAGAAUCCACAAAUAGGGUCGUCUAUCCGACGCGCCCUCCGCGUAUUGGCCGAGAGGCCGACUCUCUUUCAGAAUUGCUUGGACUUCUUGGCUGACGCGCGAGAGCAUGUCUUGUCCGACUCAUUCCACGCAGCCCUGACUGGUGGCUCCGCAUCUGGUGCCCAGCGCGUGUAUGUGAAGCCCAUCGAACUCGCAGCCCACGACCCCCUGAGAUACGUUGGCGAUAUGCUUGCCUGGGUCCACUCAGCCACCGUUGGUGAGAAGGAGGCCCUCGAGGUACUGUUCAUCUCUGAUGGGGAUGAGAUUGCCAAGGGCAUCCAGGCCGGACGCGAGAACGAAGUCUGGCGUUUGAUUGCCCAAGAUGGCGAGGGGCCUGGCAGUUUCGAUGCCGUGUCGGCUUUGAAUGAGCUAGUUGACCGAGAUAUGUCUGGUGCAGUCCGCUUAAUGCGUCAGCGAGUCGAGCAGGUCAUACAGACGAACGAGGAUACGAUUCUGGCGUUUAAACUCGCAAACCUCCUCAGCUUCUACAAGGGAACCUUUAGUCGAUUAUUAAGCCCUGGCUCCAGUCUUGUCGAGUUCCUGGGGCUACUUGAGUCUGAGGCACUCCGACAGUUCCGUUCACUGGCUCGAGACCAUAUUGCCACACUACAGGGCGAGUUCCAUCACACCCCACCGGACCUGGGCCCUCCAGAAUUCCUCAUUGAUGCACUGGAGCAACUCUUGGCCAUCAUUAAAACCUACGAAACCUCUUUUGCCUCGCCUGGCGAUCGGGAAGCAGAUUUUGAGCCAGUGAUGGCCGAGGCGUUCGACCCUUUUUUAUCCAGGUGCAUCAGAAUGGCCCAGGCCGCUGGCGCACCAUCGAAUUCCGUCUUCCUCGUCAAUUGCUUCAUAGCUUCUCUCAACACACUGUCCAAGUUCAGCUUCAUGCAAAUGAGCACGGCACAGCUGCAAGAAAAGAUUACAAAGGAACGAGCAAGACUGGUGGAGAGCCAAUACGCUUUCCUCCGAGUCGAGUCUGGCCUUGAAUCACUGAUAGAAUCACUGGGGGCGCUGGAGGAGAAAGACGAGGAUGUGGAAAAGGUGUCGUCACUUGAGGCCAUACAAGCCUCGGAACUGGUGCAAGCAAGCCAGAUGCUUGACGACUUCUUGCCAUCGGCCUUAAUGGACGCGGUUGAAAAUUUGAGACUGCUCCAGGACACUAAAUUGGCCAGGGAUAUAACUGAGGACGCAGCUAAGAGGUUCUGUGUCGACUUUGAGCAUGUUGAAGAAAUGCUGACGCUGGCAGACGAGAUGUCAGAACGGAGAAAUGCUGUUGAAGGAAUACCAGAAGUCCAGAGUCUCCGGGCUCUGUUUCCGAGGACAAUAGGGGAAAUACGAGAUCUAGCGGCUAGUCAUGGAAACCCAGGCUUUUUUUAUGUAUCGCCACGACAAAACGUGCACUUCUACACUACUACAAUCAUGAACGCCAAUAUCAACUAUUUAUUGAUUGUGGCCGUGUGGCCAAGCGCCGCUCCAAUUUUGCAGAAGACCUACGAUGAGAGCUACCUGACAUGCUCAACUGCUGUCUACUAUGAAAGCCAGGGAAACGAGGACGAAGCUAUGCGAUGCUGGAAACUGGCACUUGACCAAAUCUACGAUCACCACUCGAACAGGGCCUUCCCUAACUACACGCCUCGGUCGGAGACGGAGAAAGCUCUCAUCGAGAGCCUAAGGCAGCUGGAGUUGCAGUGUAAAGAAAGGAUCGAUCUUCUUGAAGCUCUUCGCCUAUCUCGGCAGGAAACAUCCCGCGACCAGUUGUCGUCGGGCGGAACACGGGGAAAAUCUUCUGGAAUUGGGAGCGGAACGAUCCCCGCUGUAACUCGGCCCUCGAUGCCUACCAGAACUUCUUCCGAACAAGGAUUUCUUAGUGAGGACUACGCGGCAUAUGCGGUAAACACGGAGUCGCCAUCUCUUGCACUGAUUGAAUCUCAACCCAUAAUGCCCCCACCCACAGAAGGGAGAUCUUCCCGGCCGCCCAGCCCAGAGAGGCAUACGAUGCGCACAACCCUGCGGACAACCCGUCUUGGAGACAAAUCCCUGAAGUCAACUUCACGGCGCCCAGUACCGAAGCCAGCAGAUGGCCCUGGUGCCAACAAGGCUGCGAUUUUAGCAUGGUCUACACUUGGUCGCCGUGGGAAGGCGGAUGAGGGUUUGGCCAGCAAAAAAUCACGUCAAAGUUUUGAGUUGCCGGAGAGACAGUGGGACACCCAUUCAAGGAGGCUUGUUCCCCCCAAGGCCUGGAGUCCAGGAAACCCACUAGAUGAAAGAUCGAGUCCGACUCAGUCCCCCAUUCGUUACUCUGACGAAUAUUCAUACCCUCGCCCUUCGCCUCUUUCUAUUAGUGCAGCGUCGAAUGCAAUAAAUUUGAUGGCUAUACGUGAAAACGCGGGGCGUCCAAUGCCAGAAGGGGGGCGUGCUAUAGAGCAGGAAAAUGCUUCAUCCGAGAGGUCGCGGACAGGCUCUCCAAGGAAGGGGCCAGACACAAAAGUGGAAUACUCGAGAAACGUGGGAGAAAGAUUAUCAGGAAGCAAACACGCCUCAGAGUCCUCAUUCUCACUUCGCCAUCCAACAGUCCCAGGAAGCCCAGCAUUCUCGGCAAGCAUAAACAAACCAGUGCGUAAUCGACAAACCAGAAAGCCUGAAACGCAGCCGACAGGAGCUAGACAUCGCAGAAGCCAAGCGGGGCAGCGUUUAUCGUCGUCGAGUGGUGAUGACUCCUUAUCUGAAAGUCGCGCAGGACCAGAACAGCACAUGCGGAGGAUGCUGCACAGGGAAGACUCCCUCAUAGCGAACCCACAGAUACAGUCGCCCAUCGACUAUAUUGAGGAUGAGGAUAGUAAAUUUGCAAGCUCGUGGAAGAAAAAGAAGACGGCAACUCUCAAGAAGGUUCCUCCUGGGGUUGAUGAACAUGCCGCCAAACAAAUACUGAACGAGAUUGUAGUCCGGGGCGACGAAGUACAUUGGAGUGACAUUGCCGGACUUGAUGUAGCGAAAAACGCCCUGCGGGAAAACGUUGUCUAUCCAUUUCUCCGUCCCGACCUAUUCAUGGGACUGCGAGAACCUGCAAGGGGAAUGCUCCUGUUCGGACCUCCUGGGACGGGCAAGACCAUGUUAGCAAGAGCUGUUGCCACCGAAUCUAAGUCGACCUUCUUCUCAAUAUCUGCUAGCAGCCUCACUAGUAAGUACUUGGGCGAGUCAGAGAAGCUCGUCCGGGCACUCUUUUCCCUGGCCAAGGUUCUCGCCCCAAGCAUUAUCUUCGUGGACGAGAUAGACUCGUUGCUGUCGCAACGAUCCGGCUCCGGAGAGCACGAGGCUACAAGAAGGAUCAAGACCGAGUUCCUUAUUCAGUGGAGUGACUUACAGCGAGCAGCCGCGGGAAGAGAGGUGGUGGACAGGGACAAAGAUCGCGACGAUGCCAGUCGGGUGCUUGUCCUUGCUGCGACAAAUCUUCCCUGGGCCAUCGAUGAGGCUGCGAGGAGGCGCUUUGUGAGGCGCCAGUAUAUACCUUUACCAGAAUCAAAGACACGAGCGGUACAGCUCAAGACGCUGCUCGAGCAACAGAACCAUACUCUCACUGACGCCGAUAUAGAAGUUCUUGUUGGCCUAACUGAUGGAUUUUCUGGCUCCGAUAUUACAGCUCUCGCCAAAGACGCAGCCAUGGGCCCCCUUCGAUCUCUCGGCGAAGCACUACUACAUAUGACAAUGGACGAAAUACGCCCAAUUGAACUCUCAGACUUUGUUGCUAGUCUGGUAACAAUUCGGCCCAGUGUGAGCAAGACGGGACUCCAAGAAUAUGAGGAUUGGGCUAAGGAAUUUGGAGAACGGGGAGGAUAG